AUGCUGCCACGCCCGCACGCCCUCACACCCUCACACCCUCACACAUCGUCACGUCUUCACACCCUCACAUCCCCACACACCGUCAUGCCCUCACACCAUCACACCCUCACACACCAUCACGUCCUCACACACCGUCACAUCCUCACGCCCUCACACCCUCACACCUUCACACACCGUCACGCCCUCACACUCUCUUAUCCUCAAACACCCACAGCCUCAUACCAUCACGCCCUCACACUCUCGCAUACCCACGCCCUCACAUUCUCACGCCCUCAUGCAUUCACAUACCCACGCCUUCACACACUGACACUCUCACGCUCUCACGCCCUCACGCACCACUCCACCCUAGACGUGUCACCCUAG